GCUAACGCAAGAACUAGCAGCUAAGGCUUAUCAAGAGCAAGAGAAGCAGAGACUUGAGGAACAACAGGAACAGUUACGCCAAGAGAACCGCGCAGUGAAAAGAGAGAUGGAAAUGUUAAGCGAAAAACAAAGUGAAGAGCGAAAGAAAUUCCGUGAGCAGAUGGACAGUGAACUGCGGGCUCAACGAGAGCAGAUGAACAACAUGAUGGAAGCAAAUAUGGAACGAGCAAAGCAGGAAAAAGAGCAAUUCAUGCAAGAAAAUGAAGAACUUAAAAACCAGUUCUUGGCGAUACAAAAAACCAACGAAGAGAACAUGAAGAUGAUAAAAAAGCUGUCCGACUUAGUGUCUAAUUCAGAAAGAAAAAUUUCCGCAUAA